UGCUGUCAUCCAGCAUUCUGUUUGUGUUUACUUUCCAGCCAGUUCAGUUUUAGUUCCAUUUUGCAUAGCCAUACCUAAGCUUCAAUGCCUUUUCACUUGCCUUUUGUUUAUUGGUUUAAGCAUUAGAUACAUUUUUACCUGCGCUCUGCCUCCCGCAUAUUGUGAUCACGACAAACCAUGUUCCCGACAUUUAUAAAGCAAUUAACUACCUGCUGCCGCCUACUGAUAUGCCGAGCUAUAGACAGUACAGACGCUCAACAACGGCACAUUUGCAGAUUAUAAUUACUGGUUUGAAAAAAAUAUUUUUAACCCAAAAUCGGUGAAAUUACAUAAUCCACUCAUGGUACGCCAGUGUGCCGCGACACAGUGGUUGGAAAACACUGGACUACAGCACUACACACCUCUGCUAACUGUAAACAAAUUGUAUUAAGUCAAAGAGUUCCACACGUGAUGUCAGUAGUAUAAUAUCCAAAAUAUAAAGUUAUAAAGGAGAGGUAAUCGGUGCUGAGUGUAAAAAGUCUUGAGUCCUCUGGACAUGUAUGCAAAUGCACCCUUCUCUACACCACAGGUGUCAAACUCAAGGCCCUGGCCACAGUUAACCCUCCACAUAAUUUUACGUGGCCUCCAAAAGCCUGGAAAUAAUUUGCGUAUUUUGGGCAUUUCAUCUUUCUUCAUUAAUGUAUUGCAAUUUGGACAAAAAAAACGCAUGCAAUUGCAGUCUUUGAAGAGGCUCUUUUAUGCAAAAACUAUUUUUUUCACCUAUUGGUACCUGCUGUUGUGUAUUCGGGAUCUGUGUAAUUUCAGAAAAUUUAAAGUCAAACCAUGGAGGCAUUGCCGAGAUAAUAAUAAAACAAUAUCGCUUUCCUUCAUACUUCCGUCUAAACAAGCCGUUUGGAAUUUGCUCGUCCUCUAAAAUUUUUGCACCGAAGAUAUCACUGUAUUAUCCAUAUUAUGGAAUAAAUUAACCCAAAGUGCAUUGUGCGACUCUCUGUAGUCAAUAAAUGCUUUUUUUGCUAUGCUCCUUUUGUGGGGCAGACUGGCUCAUACAUGGACAUGCAUCCUCCACUGUUGCCAUUUGUAACGUUACGCAGCGUAUAUUUCAAACGUUAUCAGUAGACUCUAUAGAAGCGCUAUAAACUACAACAAAGAUGGUGGGGAGAAGACGUGGAGCCACGUAAAUAUGUCCCCAAAACGGCACAUCUUGCUAAGACAGUCGAAAAGCAGCUUGAAAACGGUCUGUAAAACACAAUCUAUGCAAAAUUUUGACCAAAGAACCACCAUUAUAUGUUACGUAGACCACAAGGAAGUGUUUUAACUCAAUAUUAUUUGAUACAAUAAUUCAUUCCAAGCUUUUUUUGUCAUUCCAACCCUUUUGAUAUUGUAUUCUACACUAGCCAAACUUUAACUUCUUUUUCUAAAGCAUUUUUUUUUGGGUUGUUGAUAAAUAAUGGUAAUAAUCAAAUGAAUUUUAAAAUGUCAUACCACGGUAGUUAUGUGACUGUGCUUAAAAAGUACUUAUACCCACACGGAAAUAUCUUAACCAAGUUUCAUUUUUAAAACGUUUGUGUCUUGUAUUCAUUCUGGCAUUUAGGCUAGUUAACAAUUAAUGCCCUAGCUCCUUCUAUAGGAAAUUAGCUGAAGUUUUUCAAUGUGGUAAUCAAACCCGGUUUAAAUUUGAAAUGGAAAUACUACCAACAAUUGAGAAUUUCGCUAGAUUUUUAUUUUUUAAUAAUCAAUCCCUUUAGGACUUUGCAGGCUUGUUUUGUGAUUGUCACAGCUUAGAGUGCCCUAUUUUAAAGCAACAUUUUAAAAAACUUGCAUUAAAAUUGCCACAGACAUUUUAUUGGUUAGAGACAGUUUGUUACAUCAAUGAUUGGCCAUAUUGUGCGAGGAAAUUGCAGUGACUGGGCAAAGUUGCGAAGCAAUACAUAAUUGGUGUGAUCGCAACGUCUCAAAAUCCUCGAGGGUCUAACUAAUAUCAUGAAGUGGCCCUCUGAGGACUUCUAUAACUGCGAUUUGGCCCACUAUGAAAUAUUAGUUUGAAGCCCCUACUUUUUACCUUUCAAUAGAGGUGAUCAUAUAAUUGUGAAUAUUAAAAUGAAAAGCAACUUCUGGUCAGGCUUCAUUAAGUUAGCCUAAAAAAAUGACUGACUUAUUCAGAAUCAAAUGUAAGAAAACAGUUUUAAGUACAUCACAACCACCACAAUAUGAUCUACAUUGGGUUGCCCAUUUUUGGCAUACAUAAGCUAUUUCUUUACCAAAUAAGUUACAGGCAAAUACCUAUUUUGAAAUAAAUUGAUGUUUUCUGUGAUUAUUAGCAGUUUUCAUGUUGACGCUAUGGUGGUAUGUAUGAUAUAAAAACAUUGAUUCUCACACGCCCUGCGAUGAGGUGGCGACUUUUCCAGGGUGUACACCGCCUUCCGCCUGAUUGUAGCUGAGAUAGGCACCAACGACCCCAAAGGAAAUAAGCGGUAGAAAAUGGAUGGAUGAUUCUCACACUGUGAUACGUAGUACACUGGUGCUACGUGAGGCUUCAUCUAGCCCAGGGAUGCCCAGACUACGGCCCGGGGGGCCAAGUGCGGCUUAACGGCGUCACAAGUUAAUAAAUAAGUCUGGCCGAUGAUACGUCUCUAGUUAAAUUUUUAUUACCUAACAGCCUGUUUGUUGUGGACAUGCCACCAUCUUGCAGACAACGUUAAACGUUUUAGUCAAUGACUGAGUUUAAUUUUGAAAUUAUUUGCAUCAGUUUCAUCCAGGUAUUCCGGCUUCUUCCCACCUCCAAAGACAUGUACCUGGGGAUAGGUUGAUUGGCAACAUUAAAUGGGCCGUAGUGUGUGAAUGUUGUCUGUCACUCCGUGUUGGUCCUGCAAUGAGGUAGCAACUUGUCCAGGAUGUACUCUGCCUUCCGCCGGGAUGUAGCUGGAAUAGGCUCCAGUCACCCCGCGACUCUGAGAGGGACAAGCAAAAGAAACUGGAUGGAUGAUUUGCAUCAAUUUACAUUACCCAAUCCAAACUACCUUCCAUGCACUUUUGCCGAGGCCAUUGCCUGACUGACCAUGUUAUCCUUGUGAGAGUGGGCGGGGCUACCUGGCCCUGAGGCGCAAAGGAGGGGGAGCCUAGGCGCAGCCGUCGCCGGACCCAGCCGCCCCCGUACAAGGCACGCAAGCGAAGCGGGCAUUCCUCAACCUUCCUCCUUUCCUCCCCGUCAAUCCCCCCCCCAACCACCACCAUGAUGUGGUCACGUUGCAUGUGGAAAGCGUGAGGAAGCAGGAGUCUGGAAGGCGACCCUGCUCAGCCGGGGGACUCGGACCUGUCCCUGCUGGACCCGAAAACCCUGGGAGAGUGCUGGCCCCCUGAUGGCUUGAUGCCUGAGAGCAGUUACUGGCAGCUCUGCCCUCCCUCUAAGUCCAGCCUGCAGGGGGGGUUGCUGAGCUCUAGUUUCCCUCCCGGCCCAGUCCCCCUUGUGCCGCCAGAUGCUCACCUGCGGGACGGAGGAGAUCCCCUGGACGGCCCCCCUUCUCAUUCCCAGCAGCAUCACCGGCCUCUGGCACCCAGCACCUCGGCGUCCGAGCUCUCCCUCCCAGGAGCGGCAGCGGCUCCUCCAGGGCCUGCCCCUCCGCCUCCUCCUCCUCCUCCCCCGCCGCCCAAGCGCCACUGCCGCUCCCUGUCGGUACCGGAGGACCUGUCCCGCUGCCGCUACACGUGGCGGCCCAGCGCUUCGCGGGUGUGGACUCCAGUCAGUCGGCAGCAGUGCCACGGAGGCGUUGGCGGCAUGGGGGUCACAGGUGUGGUGGCCGGUGCCACGGGGGGAGGUGCCUGUCCUCUCCGGGCGCCAAGCUCCUCUUUGAACUCGUCCCUGCACUCUUCGUCAAGCCCCACCUUCUUCAGCUUGGCACUUUCUCCAGACUCGCCGCUUCCUUGGAACUUCCCAUGGGACCCUAUUGAAGCAGCGGCAGGGGGAGGAGCCUGCUGCUGUUUCUUCCCCUCCCCGUCGUCCUGCUCCUCAUCACCCUCGCCCCUCCACCCGCCGCCGCCCCCUCAGAGGCGUUUCUCCCUCUCACCCGUGCUCAUCAGAGACUCGUCGGCGGCCGCCACCUUCCUGCCUCCGCCCCCUGUUCCCAGCCAAUCGGCGGCGCCUCCGAAGGGCUGCUGUGCGGCCGGCGGGGCUAUGGCAGGGGCCCCCGUGCCUGCCUCGCCUUCCUCCGCCUGCAGCACGCCGUCAUCCCUGCGCCGCAGCUUUCCGCCUCAGCUACCGCGUUGCCACUCGCAGCCUUGUGACCUGCUGCUGCUCAAACCGGGCUUGAAGAGGCGCCGCGACCCAGACCGCCCUUGUGCCCGCCCUGUCCUCGACUUCACCAAGAUGACUCAGACCCGCAGCAUCGACCCACAGUGUUUAGAGCGUGGCGGCAGGCUGGCCUGCGGCGGCGAUCUGUACAUGGGCAUGGAGUCCUUCAUGGGCGACUUUCGGGGCUCCUGCUCGCCGGCUGAGUGUCUGGGCAGGACCAGCAUCGGCCCGCUCAGCGAGAGCGACGAAGAGUGUCGCGAGGAUGACGACGACGACGACGAUCGGGAAGAGGACGUGGACGAGCGCGAAGCGGCCCAGCAGGCAGUCUUUGAGAGGGAUUGUACAGAACUGGACUUGAAUUUAAUCGAAGAAAACUGACGUGUUUGUAAAACGGAAGGUCGUUUCUUCUCCGCCUCCCUUUUUAUUUAUUUUUAGGAUGGAAGUUUCAUUUUAAAUCUUGAUCGCACCCACGCCACCAAUCAGCAAGGCUCUCAGGAACACCUCCUCUGAUUGGACGAGUAAGUCGACACUGAUUGACGACAACAGUGAUGAUGUGACUGCUUGCUUAUAAGACUCGGCGCCGGCUGGACUCGUGAAAGGGUUCAGACUGUCAGCAUCCGGCAAGAUCAGAGGUGUCGUUAAACACGCAGCUGCCGAGUCUCCCAACAUGUUGAUUGCCUGACACAGCACACCUGAAAAUCCACAAAUCCUUGGUUUGGACAUUCCAAUCUAAUUAAUAAAAAUAGUUUUUUAUUAGUUAUAUAUUGGAGCGCGCUACUUGGCUGCAACUAGCAAAGGCGCUGUUCAUCCCUGUGCCAACUAUCAGCCUAAUGAAGAACAACGUGGCCUAGAAACAGGAGUUCAGAAAACAAUUGUUUAUAUUUUCUUCCUUCUGAGGUCAAAACUGCACCGUCUAUUCUAAAUCUUAGAGGUGUGACUCUUUGGGUAUCUAACAAUGUGAUCUGAUUCCGAUUCUUGGAGUGUUGACUCGAUUCAAACCAAUUAUCGCUAUGUAUUAUUUGGUAUAGUGAAUACAAUUAAACUUUUUCAAAACAUAUAUAUAUAUAUACAUAUGUAUAUAUAUAUAUAUAUAUACAUAUAUAUAUAUAUAUACAGUGGGGCAAAAAAGUAUUUAGUGAGCCACGAUUCUGCAAGUUCUCCCACUUAAAAUGGUAACAGAGGUCUGUAAUUUUCAUCAUGGGUACACUUCAACUGUGAGAGACAGAAUGUGAAAAAAAAUCCAGGAAUUAACAUUGUAGGAAUUUUAAAUAAUUUCUUUGUAAAUUAUGGUGGAAAAUAAGUAUUUGGUCAACCAAUCAAAGCUCUCACUGAUGGAAGGAGGUUUUGGCUUAAAAUCUCACGAUACAUGGCCCCAUUCAUUCUUUCCUUAACACGGAUCAAUCGUCCUGUCCCCUUAGAAGAAAAACAGCCCCAAAGCAUGAUGUUUCCACCCCCAUGCUUCACAGUAGGUCUGGUGUUCUUGGGAUGCAACUCAGUAUUCUUCUUCCUCCAAACACGACGAGUUGAAUUCAUACCAAAAAGUUAUAUUUUGGUUUCAUCUGACCACAUGACAUUCCCCCAAUCCUCUGCUGUAUCAUCCAUGUGCUCUCUGGCAAACUUCAGACGGGCCAUGCACUGGCUUAAGCAGGGGGACACGUCUGGCACUGGAGGAUUUGAUUCCCUGUCGGGGUACUGUGUUACUGAUGGUAACCUUUGUUAUUUUGGUCCCAGCUCUCUGCAGGUCAUUCACCAGGUCCCCCCAUGUGGUUCUGCAAUUUUUGCUCACCGUUCUCAUGAUCAUUUUGACCCCACGGGAUGAGAUCUUGCGUGGAGCCCCAGAUCGAGGGAGAUUAUCAGUGGUCUUGUAUGUCUUCCAUUUUCUGAUAAUUUCUCCCACAGUUGAUUUGUUUCACACCAAGCUACUUGCCUAUUGUGGAUUCACUCUUCCCAGUCUGGUGCAGGUCUACAAUUAUUUUCCUGGUGUCCUUCGACAGCUCUUUGGUCUUGGCCAUAGUGGAGUUUGGAGUCUGACUGUUUGAGGCUGUGGACAGGUGUCUUUUAUACAGAUAAGUUCAAACAAGUGCCAAUAAUACAGGUAACGAGUGGAGGACAGAAGAGCUUCUUAAAGAAGAAGUUACAGGUCUGUGAGAGCCAGAGAUUUUCCUUGUUUGAAGUGACCAAAUACUUAUUUUCCACCAUAAUUUACAAAUAAAUUCUUUAAAAUUCCUACAAUGUGAUUUCCUGGAUUUUUUUUUUCACAUUCUGUCUCUCACAGUUGAAGUGUACCUAUGAUGAAUAAGAAUUGCAAUUCAGAUGUGAAUCAAUUUUUUUUUUGUGCAGAUCUACUAAAUUUGGUCAUAAUUUAUGCAUUCAUAAAUAGAAAAUGGAAUAAAACUGUGAUAAAGGCA